AAACAGUCUAUUAAUUAAACUUUGCAGCUUGGCCGAUGAAUGCUACCGGAACCGGGGUUGCAUCAACCGAGUUUGCUUAUGGAGCUGGACAUGUCGACCCAAUAGCCGCUAUUAAUCCUGGACUCGUCUAUGAAUCAGACAAAACAGACCACAUCGCCUUUCUUUGCGGUUUGAACUACACUUCGAAAACCCUUCAUCUCAUCGCCGGUGAAGCCGUCACUUGCACUGGAAAGAGCUUACCAAGAAACCUCAAUUAUCCUUCAAUGUCCGCUAAACUUUCGGAAUCUAAUAGCUCCUUCACCGUGACAUUCAACAGAACCGUGACCAACCUCGGUACCCCAAACUCAACGUACAAGUCAAAGAUUGUCAUAAAUCACGGAUCUAAGCUCAAAGUCAAGGUCUCCCCAAGUGUUCUAUCUAUGAAGUCCGUGAAGGAGAAGCAGUCAUUCACAGUGACUGUUUCAGGCAGCAAUCUCAACCCAAAACUGCCUUCUUCUGCAAAUCUAAUAUGGUCAGAUGGAACACAUAACGUGAGAAGUCCCAUUGUUGUUUAUACUUAUAGUGAUGACUGAUAAAGCAUUAUCAGUUCACCAUCAUUAUCAAUCAUCAUAUAAUAAAAAUCAAUAUUGUUGUUGAGUUUCUUUAUUCAAGAAAAGUGUUUCAAUCUU